UUAAGAUAGGAACGGUAAAAUUUCAUUUGUAUUUACAAGUGUUGAAUGAAGGUCAGAUAUCAUGUCUUUAGAUGUGAACAUUAGUGAACCCGAUGAGUUUAACUGUGAAGAACUACAUGAAAGUAUCAAAGUUGUAGCUGCACUGAGAGGUAUUCAAGAUUUCGUCUAUCACGUUGACUAUAUCUGCGGAAAAGGUGACAAUUUUAUAGCCAAUAUAUUUAGAGUGUCCGUGAAAGAAUCGAACAGUGAGAACAACACAGUUGGUGUUAUAGUAAAAACGUUAGUAAAUACAGCGAGACAAGAACUAUUUCACGAAUUACACAAGAAGGAGGUUGAGUUUUAUCGCGUAGUGAUCUCCAAAUUUAAUGAGAUCCAAGAAACUCUGGCUGAAGAUGCCAAAUUGAUUUUACCUAGGUGUGUUUAUUGGAAGAUAGAAAAAUCUAAUGAAGUUCUGAUUUUGGAAGAUAUGUUGCUCUAUGGAUUCGUUCUCGACUCCAAGCCUAAACAUGAAGUAUUAGACUUCGAACAGUGUUCUCUGGUAAUAAGUGAACUAGCAAAGUUUCACGCUUUGUCCUUCGUGUGUGACGAGAGGGAAAAAGAAAGUUUUUCGAAAGUCAAAAGUGAUUUCUCCGAUAUUAUUUACCAGGAUCACUUUCUUGAUAAAAGUAAAUUGAAGAACUAUUUCUUAGAGUCAUUUGAGAUGUCUUUGAGUGUUGUUACUGAUGUAAAGGCUCACAAGACUCUGGAGGAGAUUAAGCCUAGCAUUUUGAAAAUUCUUCAGUUUUUCAGUAAAGCAGGGAAAACCAAUGUUUUGUGUCAUGGUGAUUGCUGGAUCAAUAAUAUACUGUUUAAGUAUGAGGAACGCAAGCCGGCAAGAGUCUGCUUCAUAGAUUUCCAAGCAGUCCGCUACGCCAAUCCAGUGACAGACAUCAUGUAUUUCAUAUACCUCUGUACAGAUUCUAAAUUUAGAUCUGAAAAUUUCGAGAGACUCCUCAAGAUCUACUAUGACAGCCUGAAAUCAUUCUUAAAUCUAUACGAAAUAGAUGCUGAUAUUGCAUAUCCAGAGGUAGAAUUCAAAAGUGACGUAAAUGACCAUUUGAUAUUUGGUCUGUUGAUAUCGAUGAUCGAUCUUAGAAUUAUAAUAAUGACCCCUGAACACGAAGCAAUAUUAAAAGGUUCAAAUAUUGUUGAUGGUUCAAAUACUGGUGAGGUUCCAGGUGAAAUGGAUUAUUUUAAAAUUAGAGUCAAUGAUGUUGUGGAUGAAGCUAUAUUGAAUGGUACCUUGAUGAAGUUGUCGGACAAGAUUAACAAUUUACUAUAGCGUUCUUUAGAUGAAAUAUUAAAUAAGGACUUCUACGGUUAUCUCUGGCAGAUGGUUAUUGGAUAUUUUUUACUGGUGGUGGGAACUCUUGUGAGUCCGCACAGGUAGGUACCGCCGCCCUACCUAUUUCUAUCGUGAAGCGGUAAUGCGUUUCGUUUUCAAGGGCGGAGCAGCCGUUGUAACUAUACUGAGACCUUAGAACUUAUAUUUCAGGGUGGGUGCGCGUUUGCGUUGUAGAUGUCUAUGGGCUCCAACAACCAGUUGACACCAGUCCAGUCCACCAUCUAACCAAUAAAAAAACGGUCCAGGGAUCUUAAGUGCUUAUAGAUUUAUAAGUAGCUCUGUUGUAAAAGUACUGUCUCUGAGUAAGAACAUGAAACUUCCAUUGAAGGAAGAUAUGUCAUAGUACUUGGCAUACAUUGAAGAAGGAAAUUCAUUCAAAAGGUGCUUCGUAGUGGGUAAAAUCUCUUGUAACACACCGCGGAAGGCCAAUGCCGUCAUAGAUACUCUGUUUGGAUCUGAUACGACGCUAUAACAAGGACCUACUUACAAUAAUAUCAGCAUAAAUACUAAUCCUUUUAGUAAGAUUCACGAAUCCAUAAUUGUAAUCGAAAAAAAGCAAUUCCGCGUCACCCAAAGACGUUGCCCUUCUGCGUAUAUCGAUUAUAUUAUUAAACAGGGCAAUAACCUUGCUUUUAUUUAUAUAAUCGGUGUUUCAACCCCAAUUUUUAGAUUAGCAGGCUUUGUUACGAUCCAUCUGAGCCAAUAGUUUUAAAUUUUAUUUACUGUUUUGAUGACGGACUUUGGUAGGAAAUUGGUAUGUACCUACAGGCUCAUAAUACGACUUAUUUUGUCGUCUUGGGUAUCAUUAGCACCUGUAUUUGUUUGUAUUUGAUAUUAUUGACCUUCUUAAUCUUGUCCUUAUCCCACAUGCGUAAGGAUCUGGAAUGAGUUUUACCGAUCGCCUGUCUUUUUUUUUAAUUUAUUUUUUAUUGCCUUUGUAGGCAGACGAGCAUACGGUCCACCUGAUGGUGAGUGGUUGCCGUCGCCCAUGGACUCCAGCAAUGCCAAGGGCAGAGCCAAGCCGCUGCCUACCGCUUAAUACUCUCCACAAGCCUUGUUUGAAGAAGGACAUGUCAUAGCGCUCGGGAAACACCGUGGAGGGGAGCUCAUUCCAUAGCUGGAUGGUACGUGGCAAAAAAGAUCUCUGGAAACGCACUGUGGAUGACCGCAGUGGCUCCAGGUAGUAUGGAUGAACUCUACUCCGGUGGCGGGCGGUGCGAUGGUAAAAACGUCUGAUAUUAACCCUCUUUAAUAUGUUAAGUGAACAGUUUAUAUAUUUCUUAAGUUUAACAUGAAUACUUGAUACGCACUUAAUAUAUUAUAUUUAAUUUACUACGAUAAAUUUAUCACAUACUCUAAAAUUUUAUAUUAAGAUGGGAUGAUUAGUGUGAAUGAAAAAUGAGCCAAGGCCAUGUUUUUAUAGUAAGUGUUCUCAAAUUAUUUAUUUUUUUAUUGUCAUAAACUUGAAAUGAAAUGUAGGUUGUGUUCUAAAUGUAAUCGCUUGAAGGAAUUAAAGAUCGUAGAUUUC